CUUUUUCAGGUUUUCAUUUCUUUCUUUAAUCUCUUCUCCAAUCUUCCUCUCUGCUUCCUUCUUCUUUUCUCUGCCAUAUUUUUCCUUCUUUAUUAUUUCUCUCAACCACCUCUCUGUCACUCUCAUUUCUCCCAAACCGCGUUUCAUUUCAUCUUCAUCUUCAUCUUCUUUAUUCAUCACCUCAAUUUUGUUUCAUGAAAUUCUAAUCAUAAACUUCCUGUAAAUUAUUUUUUCUUGAUUUUUAAUGGCAGAAAACGGCGAUGAAAAGUUAAUUGCAGUAGCUAGACACAUAGCAAAAACACUAGGUCGAACAGAAACCAUGACGGACGACAUCCUCCAAAUCUUCUCAACUUUCGACGGCAGAUUCUCAAGAGAAAAACUCUCGUCGGAGAAUAAUCAAAGAGGAGUCGGAGGAGUUGAAGAAGGAGAUCCGAGAGCUGGCUAUGGAGUUUUAGAUCUUACUUUGAAGACCUUAGAUCGUCAGAUUUCACAGUACGUUUCAUCCGAUCAACCAAUUUGGUCGAAUCUAAACGAUUCGUCUGAGUUCCUCGAUGCGAUUGAUGAGUUGUUAGCUACGAUUCGUGAUUGGGAACCGAUUUCGAUCGAGAAUAAACCGAUUGCGUCGUUCUUGGAUCGUGCUGAUGAUCUGUUACAACAAGCUAUGUUCCGUCUUGAGGAUGAGUUUCGUCUGUUGAUUGAGAAAAGUUCUGAAUCGUUUGAUCUCAAUCGAUUGAACCGGUCUGACUCUGUCGGUGACAACAACAAUAAUUUCUCAUCUGAUUCUGAGGAUGAAGAUGGUUUCAAUGAAGAUCGGAUUCCGGUUGCUCAGCCGGUUUCUGAUUAUGAUAUUGUUAUCGAUGCGCUUCCGUCCGGUGUGAUUGCGGAUCUCCAUGAGAUUGCAAAGAGGAUGGUUCUAGCUGGGUUUGAAAAGGAGUGUGCUCAUGUUUAUAGUAGUUGUAGAAGAGAUUUCUUAGAAGAGAGUAUAUCUAGACUAGGAUUACAGAGACUGAGUAUCGAUGAAGUGCAGAAAAUGCCAUGGUCAGAACUCGAAGACGAGAUCGAAAGAUGGAUGAAAGGAGCCAAUGUUGCACUUAAAAUACUCUUCCCAAGUGAACGGAGAAUUUGUGACCGGAUUUUCUUCGGGUUGUCUGCAGCUGCUGAUUUAUCAUUCAUGGAGGUCUGCAGGGGUUCGACUAUUCAAUUGCUGAAUUUUGCGGAUGCGGUGGCGAUUGGGAGCAGGUCGCCGGAACGGUUGUUUAAAGUACUAGAUGUGUAUGAGACAUUGAGGGAUUUGAUGCCUGAAUUUGAAGCUGUGUUUAAUGAUCAGUAUUGUGUUGUAUUGAGAAAUGAAGCGGCGACAAUUUGGAAGAGGUUAGGGGAAGCGAUUCGAGGGAUUUUCAUGGAAUUGGAGAAUUUGAUAAGGAGAGAUCCUGCUAAAGCUGCUGUUCCUGGUGGUGGUCUUCAUCCGAUUACACGGUAUGUUAUGAAUUAUCUUCGGGCAGCUUGUGGUUCUCGUUCGACACUUGAACAAGUAUUUGAAGAUAAUGGGAGUGAUUAUAGGACUAUUGAUGGUAUGAAUGAUAGACCAUUGUCUUCCACUUCGUCAUUGUCUGUUCAAAUUACUUGGAUUAUGGAGCUUUUAGAGAGUAAUUUGGAGGCGAAAUCGAAGAUGUAUAGAGAUGCUGCAUUGAGUUCUGUGUUCUUAAUGAAUAAUGGCAGAUAUAUUGUUCAGAAAGUUAAAGACAGUGAAUUAGCUUCUCUAUUGGGUGAAGAUUGGCUUCGGAAACACUCGGGGAAAGUUAGGCAAUGUCAUGUGAACUACCAAAGAAGUUCAUGGAGUAAAGUACUUGCUGUGUUGAAGUUAGAUAGUAGUUCUUUAACACCAAAUACAGCUCCUAGAGUUCUUAAAGACAAGGUGAAAAUGUUCACUCAAUACUUUGAUGAGAUUUGUCGGAGUCAAUCAACUUGGGUUGUUGCAGAUGAACAGCUUAGAAUGGAAUUAAGAAUCUCAGUUGCUGGUAACUUGUCUCCUGCUUAUCGGAAUUUCUUGGGUAGGUUUCAGACUGUACCUGAAUUGGCAAGGAAUUCAGACAAGUAUGUAAGAUACAGUGUUGAGGAUAUCGAAGCUCGGGUGAAUGAGCUGUUUAAAGGAAAUGGUGCAUCAGCUGGUGGCCGAAAAUGAGAUGGCUGUGCAAGCUUAGUACUGUACUCUUGAUUGUUGUGGUGCUAUGUUGUUGUAUCCCUGUUGUUGUAUUGUAUGUGAUUGUAAUCUUCUUGUGCUUUAUGUAAUGAAAAAAAACACUGGUUAGAGUUCUUUGUAUCUAGCUGUCUUCUAAAUCACUUUGCCUCUUCUUA